AUGAAUGAACAACCCUUGCAUUCCCAAUUAUCUAAUCUCAACAUUGAUCCCACCAUUCAUGAGAGAAUUAAGAAGCUGCCAGAUUUAACAAUUAAUGAAAUUGAUUUAUUGAAAACUGAAAUAGAAUCAGAACUCCACAAAAAUUUUUCCAUUUUGAAAGAACAAAACUUAACUAUGGAAUCUCCGUUAGUUACCAGCGAUGGUUUUCCCGACCCAAAUAUUGAUGUUUUGCAAAUAAGAAUCGUCAAGAGAAAUAUAAAUAUGUUAAGAAAUGAUUUAAACAACGUUAUUACUACAUGUGCUUUGAAACUAAACCGACAUUUUGGUAAAGAUAAGAAUCAAAAUCAACAAGAAAGUCUACGAAAAGGUGAAAAUUUUGAUCAUAUUAUACCUUUUGCACAGAUAUAUGAUGUUAUAGAAGGCGGACCUAUUUUCAUUGCCGGUUGUCUAUCAGGUGACGAAUUAGUACUCAUUGGAAAUUUGAAUGCUGGUACUUAUCUAAAUUUGAAUAACAUCUCAAAUUACAUUCUACAAAAUGAAAAUAAAAAAGUCACAAUUAGGAUCAGAAGAGAUAAAAAGCUAUUAGACAUGAUUUUAAUACCAACUAGACAAUGGAACGGUCAGGGUUUAUUAGGUUGUAAGUUAAAAUUACUCUGA